AUGACGAGCAAGAUCCAUCUUGGAUGAAUAGCUCAGACUUUUCUGACAGAAGCUGAGGUAGAAACUAGGCGGCCAAAGAGUCAUCAGAGGCAGGUAGCUAAGAUAUCCAAAUCUAGCAACAUCGAGACUGGAGAGAAAAUUAGGAUUGAUUUUAAUAAGAUGCUCAAUAAAUAACUGGAAAAACACUGUUGAGAAAUUCAUAGAGCACUUGCAGCCAAUGAGUUACUAUAAGCCCUUACCUCUGAAGGCAGGGCCUGAGUUUUUCAGGCUCUUCGUUGAGAAUACUCAGUUUUUAAAAUAAUGCACAAAUAAAUAUCCCUCAGACUAUCGGGUUGUUCAACGACAAGUUUUACAUGAGGACAUCUGUUGAAGAAGAUGGCAAGCAAGGCCAUAUUACAGUCACUAGUAUAUUUAAAGAGGAAUCUAUUUGCGAAGAACUAGCUUCUAUUGCCAAGAAUGUAUACAAAAAGAAAAUUUCAGAGGAUAUGCCAGCCAUGAUCUUUAAAAGAGAAGGGUAUAACGAGAUCUCUGACUGGACCAACUUCAAAUAUGAUCUUAGUGGUAGAAAGCUUGAUUUCAACUGCAUCGCUCAGCAGUAUCUCUAUCCAUUUGGAGGCAAAGCAUGCUGAGUCAGGUUUAUUUACUAUAAUCCAGCCUGAAACUUAGACAAUAAUCAAAGUUUCUCCAUGAAUGUUGCUAAUAAAUUGAAAAUUGAUGAGAAAGAGAAGAAUAAAGAAUAUAGUCUUCAGAGUAGAUGCACAUUUGUAAAGGAAAAUAGGAACUCCUAUGAUCUCUACAUUACUAACAAAGGUGGUCCAAAGCAGAGGGAGUAUGAAAGAAUUGCAGAAAUUAUCAUCCAAAUGGUCAUGAAAGUCUAUAAGAUCAGGAUAACUAAGCUGGUCUUGGAUUUCAUCCAAGACCAGGAACGUGUUCAUUAUUUAGUGGCUAUUCCUUCCUUUGAGGUUGAUAAGUAUAUUAGAUUCCUUCACCCUGACACCUCUUUGUUCACAAAGCCAAAGCUCACCUCAAAACAGAUCUUUGAGGAUAAGUCAGCACUGGUUUAUUGCAAACUUUGUAAAGUGGCUUUUAUGAAAAAUGAAGUUAGUAAGAUUGUUACUAUGAAGAUGAUUUCUGAGCUCAGAGGUCAUUAUAAUAAACGAGGAAUUUUCAAGUUCGACCAUUUCACUAAAUUUAAGGACACAAAACGAACUUGAAAAGUUUGAGAACUUUGAUACAUGAUAGUGAUCGCUGAGCAUGAAUUGAUGAAAAUAGAGCACCAAUUUGCGAUAUAUCAGGGCAUCCCAGUGCAUGAGGAGAAUAACCCGAAACAUUCUAAAGCUCAUCAUAGGACAAAUAUGGUCCGGCCUGAGGACAUUCAGGGAAAAUUAAAGCAAUGGCGGAUCUUGUUUUAUCUAGAUUCCCUCAGAGAUGUAAAUAUUCCGAAGUUAAUGAAGCAUAAGCAAGAUGAUGACUCUCUUUACAUCCAGAUUAAGCUAUUUGAUUAUUUCACUAAGUUCAAAAUGAAUGUGAAGAACCCUCUUCAGGAUCUUGAACAAGAUAAUUCAAGUUCUGUAUCUGAGGAAAAUUCCGAUAUUGUUAAUAAAAAAGGCUUUAAUUUACGCCUUAACAAACUUCGGGUGCACUACUUCUUCACUGAGUUUUACCAGAUCAAUAAGUUACUCGAAGAAACAAAGCUAGAGAUCAGAAUCACCUCUGGUGAGGACUGGUCCAAAGUCCUAGCAGUAGGAGCCAUUGCUCCUUUCUAUGACAUGAACCCAGACAAGUAUGAGAUGGUUCAAACUGAAUAUCUACGGGUCCCUUUCUUAUCACAGCAUGUGCCAGAGUUUUACCUGACAAUGAAAUCAGGACUCAAAUACGACAAGGAUAUCCUGGUCGGGAAGACCAAUGAAGAUACAAGUGAGAAUUUACCAGGUAAUGAAAACUCCAACCAGAAAGAUGUUAAAGAGGAAGAAAAAUUGACUUUGUAUCAGUUCAAUGAUGUGCUCUUUCCAGAGAACCAUUACUAUAAUAGUGAUUCACUCCCGAUAGAGUGGAUGGAGAUCUUUGAGACCAAAGAGACACUAAAGGAACUGGAACAAGAUUCAAUGAUUUCAAAUAUGUUUACCCAGAGUGUCGAUAAAGAUCAGAUUGAUAAAACAGAAGAACCUAGAUCUUUCUUAAACAGGACAAUCCUCAAGGCCAAAUAUCAAAGAAAGAAGGCAGCUGAUAUUGCAAAAGCAGCAGGUAGAAAUUUUAUAAAAGAGAAUAUUACUGCUUCGACAGUGAUGAAGCCAACUUCCUCAGAGAAGGAAACCUCUAAGAAAAGGCCAGCCACUGCUUUCUCUAAUGCCAAAAAAUUUAGCAGGUUUUUCAGUUCAAGGAAUAGACCUGAUUUCUUAUUUGAGACUUCAAAUAUGGGCUUUAUGUCUCAUAGAAAUGAUGUAUCGAAAGAUCCCUGGGAAGAGGUCAAACUAGGAUUCAAUUCUAGCUCAGAUGCCCUGAGGAUUACUGGAAGUCACAGACCUGUCAGUGCAUUCGAGCAAUUCAAUAAGACUAACAAGACCAGGCUUCUUCUGAACCAUAAAAUUCCUGAGAAAUUGCAACAGAAAAUUUGUAAAAGGAAGAAAAGAAGGAGAAGAUUCAAGAAGAAGAGUAAGCCAUUCUUAUGGCAGUAUUUGGAAGACCAAACUAAGACUAUGGCAGGAAGCUCUUUUAUCAGACCAACUAGCGCUAGGAACAUGUUCAGGAACAAUCUGGCAAAGAAAAAGAGCCUUAAACAGCUAUUCGACCUUGUUAGUGGCCAAAAAAAAGCCAGUAGAAGUAGAGUCGUCUCUGCAAGACCACACAAGUUCAACCAAGACAUGGAAAGAUCAAGCUCAAACGUUAUGUAGCUGGUUUAAAU